AUGGCGACACAAUCUAAACCUCACGCUCAAACAGAUUCUCUAAUCCUCUUCUCUGAUCCUUCUUCUUUCCAACCUCAACCACCUGCACCUCCUCCUCCACCGUCUACAGAUAAUCCUUCAACUGCUCCACAAACGACGUCAUUUGGACUAUUUUCUUUCCAGAAAAGGCCGCCUUUGAGAGUUACUACUGAGUUUGACAGUGACAGUUCAAUAUUCUUCCACAAAAUUUCAUCGAAACUUUUCAAUGGCUUCGCUAAGCUUAAAUUAUCUUUCCAGAAUAAUCCAAAAGGAGAAAUUGCUGAUCCUCAGGUCGCCAUUAUUACCAAACAUCUUGCUUUUCAUUAUGACAUUGAGGAGCAGAAUGCUCUGGUCAAAGGUUUUCUUGAUGUUGGUCCUAAUCUUAAACUCAAAGCUUUCCAUGAUGUCAAGGUCUCCCUCUCUUUAGUCUUUUCUGUUUACAUUUUGUUUUGGAAUGUGAUAAAGUUAAAUUAUAGCCUCAAUUGUUUACUUUUUAGGAAAUAUAUCGAUUUUGAUUUCGGAUAA